CAGUUGUUAAUUAGUUUUGCAAACAGUCACCUCCUCGCACCAUCAACAAAAAUGUCCGCCAACUACAUGCGUCUGCUCUGCCUGCUGGCCUGCGGCAUCUGCGCCACCAUGGCCAACUCCUACAGACAAGGCAACAUCGGCUAUGCUGCCCCCAGCUACGGUGGCCAGUCCUAUGGCGAGUAUGUGAAGAACGCCGAGACCGCUGAGGCUCAGGCUGCUGCACUCACCAACUCCGCUGGUGCUGCUGCCUCGUCGGCCAAAUUGGACGGCACUGACUGGUAUGCGUUGAACCGUUAUGGCUGGGAGCAGGGCAAACCUCUGCUGGUCAAGCCUUACGGUCCUCUGGACAAGCUCUACGCUGCUGCUCUGCCACCCCGUUCCUUCGUUGCCGAGAUUGAUCCAGUCUUCAAGAAGAGCAACUAUGGUGGUCUCUAUGGCGAGAAGACAAUCGUGCUGAACACUGGCUCCAAGUUGGCCGUGUCCGCUGCCUAAGCGAAACUAGUCUGUGUUUUUAGCUGAAAGUCUUAAAAUAAAUAGUGAUAGCAUAAAGUGAAA